AUGGCAUGGGAUAUGCUGCCAAUCUCAGCUCUGUCGCAUCUUGAACUCGAAGAUGACAUUGAGUCGGUUUCCAGGAGGGGCUCAUUCUGUCUCGAUCUUAACAAAGUAGAAUACAUCACAUGGCCCCAAAAGUUUCAUCCAAAGCUGAGCUUUCAGGAUCUGCGCAGUCACUUCAUGGAUCGCCGUUCUUCAUACGCCUCGCUACUUUCCACUGGUUAUGGAUCGGUGUGGUCUCUAACUAACUCCCAUUCCUAA